AUGGCUCCCCAGACAAAGAAGACUGGCAAGCAGGUCAAGACAACGAAGAAGUUCAUAAUCAACGCCCAGCAACCCGCCAGCGACAAGAUCUUCGACACGGCCGCGUUCGAGAAGUUCCUGCAGGACAAGAUCAAGAUCGACGGCCGCACCGGCAAUCUCGGCGAGACCAUCGUCAUCCAGCAGGCCGGCGAAGGCAAGAUCGAAAUCAUUGCCCAUAAUGACCUCUCUGGUCGAUACCUCAAGUAUCUGACCAAGAAGUUCCUCAAGAAGAUGCAGCUUCGCGACUGGCUCCGUGUCGUCUCGACUUCCAAAGGAGUGUACGAGCUCAAGUUCUUCAACGUCGUCAACGAUGAGGCGGAUGAUGAUGAUGACUAA